GGCCCGUGGACUUUGAGAUGCCUUCAGAGUCGGUUGGCAGGAGGGGUUUACAGCCGCCAACUUCCUGCCUGCCCAAUCUUCUGUUUGCACAUUCGCUCGGGGGGCCAAGGGGCUCUUCAGAAAGCUGACGUCCGGGACCACCUCUCGAUGGAGACCACCCCCGGCACCUUCAAUGGCAGCGGCCACUCGCCCUCGUCUGAAAGGCAGGUCCUGCGGGUCCUCGUCCCACUGCUAGACUCCCUGAUCUUCGUCACCGGGCUGACUGGGAACGUCCUGGUGCAGAGAGUGCUGAUCGGCAGGAAGAAGCAGCAGCGGAGAAACGGGACCAACAUCCUGCUCCUCAACCUGAGCGUGGCUGACCUGCUCCAGCUGCUCUGCGUGCCAUUCCACGCCACCUCCAUAGCUCUGGCCCGCUGGGUCUUUGGGGACUUCCUCUGCAAGGCCGUGAGCUUCAUGGGUGUGGCGUGCUCGUCCGCCAGCGUCUUCACCCUGGCCGCCCUGGCCAUCAACCGCUACAUCACCCUGCUCCACCCCAGCAAGGCUUUCCGUUUCCAGCUCACCUGGUACUUCUGCACGGUGAUGCUCCUCAUCUGGGUGCCGUCGCUGGCCGUGGCAUCCCCCCAGUUUGCAUUCCGUGGCACCCGCGUGACGGACUCGGUCUACUGCUACGCCUUCAUGACGGACGCCAGCCAGGUGUUUUACGCAUCCACGCUCUUCGUCCUGGGCUUUGCUGUGCCGCUGACCACCAUCGUCAUAAUGUACUCCCGGAUCUACUGCUUCCUACGCUCCAAACGUGCCAGCGUGCAGAGUCGCCUGACUGACAGGUACCACACUCAGGUCACGCGCAUCUCCAUUCUCCUGGUCCUGGUCUUCACCCUUUGCUGGCUGCCCUCCUACGUCCUCCUGCUCCUCCUGGUCCAAGGUUCUGCACCACACGGGGCCGCCUUUCCCGUCAGCGCACAGCUACUCGCCUUCUCCUCCACCAUCGCCAACCCCGUCCUCUACGUCUUUAUCUCUGAAAAGUUCCGCCAGGACCUCCAGAGGCUGGCACUUCCUGGCUGCUGCAGGGCGGGUGGGGUGCAGCCCUCCAGGACCGAGUUGGGCCCAGGGGUGCAGCUCUAAGAGGCACAUGCCCUGCGGAACAGGACAAUAUGGAGAACCCCAUUGCAUUUCCUUCCUGCUUCUGAUUCAGAGCAAGGCAAGCUGCCACCUAUGACGUUGGCACAGGGACACUAUGAUGAGGCACCCGGCUUUCUACAAG